GGCCCUGGGACUGGACCCUCAGCGGAGCUGGGCAGCACCGCGGCCGCUUCGCCUAGUCGUCCGUCUCCGCCUCCUUCACUCUCAGCCUCCGCUGGAGAGACCCACAGCCCCACCAUUCAGCGCGCAAGAUAUCCUCCAGAUGGUGCAAACUCCCCCCAGUCCAUUUCCUGGGCCUACUUUCCCACCUCACCACCUAGCUGGCUGAAGUCAUCAGCAGGGGUCCAGUUUGUGCAGGCUGCUGGCCCUGUCUGGAAGAGUGGGAAGGGGGUGGAAGAAAAAGCGACCACAAUAUGUAUAUGCCCUGCGUGCAAGCCCCGUAUAGCCCUUCGCCUCCAGGUUCCAGUUAUGCAGCCCAGACCUACAGCUCAGAGUACACCGCGGAGAUCAUGAAUCCCGACUGCGCCAAGCUGACCAUGGACCUCGGCAGCACCGAGAUCACGGCCAGGGCCACCACCUCCCUGCCCAGCUUCAGUACCUUCGUGGAGGGCUACUCCAACUACGAAUUCAAGCCCUCCUGCCAGUACCAGAUGCAGCCGCCUGGGCCGCGACCCUUGAUCAAGGUGGAGGAGGGCCACCCGCACAGCUAUCACCAUCACCCCCACCAUCACCAUCACCACCACCACCAUCACCAGCAACAGCCGCAGCCAGAGCCAUCCAUUCCGCCCUCCUCCGGACCCGAGGACGAGGUGCUGCCCAGCACUUCCAUGUACUUCAAGCAGUCCCCGCCGUCCACGCCCACCACCCCGGGCUCCCCCCCGCAGGCGGGGAGCCCCAGCCUGCCGUCGCCGCCCAUCCGGAGCUCCUCCUCGGGCGAGGGCACCUGCGCCGUGUGCGGGGACAACGCUGCCUGCCAGCACUACGGCGUUCGCACCUGCGAGGGCUGCAAGGGCUUCUUCAAGAGAACGGUGCAGAAAAAUGCAAAAUAUGUUUGCCUGGCAAAUAAAAACUGCCCUGUAGACAAGAGACGUCGAAACCGAUGUCAGUACUGUCGUUUUCAGAAGUGUCUCAGUGUUGGGAUGGUUAAAGAAGUUGUCCGCACAGAUAGUCUGAAGGGGAGGAGAGGUCGGCUGCCUUCAAAACCAAAGAGCCCAUUACAGCAGGAACCUUCCCAGCCCUCUCCACCUUCUCCUCCGAGCUGUAUGAUGAAUGCCCUCGUCCGAGCUUUAACAGACUCAACGCCCAGAGAACUUGAUUAUUCCAGAUACUGUCCCUCUGACCAGGCCGCUGCAGGCACAGAUGCUGAGCACGUACAACAGUUCUACAACCUUCUGACAGCUUCCAUUGACGUAUCCAGAAGCUGGGCAGAAAAGAUCCCCGGAUUUACUGAUCUCCCCAAAGAAGAUCAGACAUUACUUAUAGAAUCAGCCUUUUUGGAGCUGUUUGUUCUCAGACUUUCCAUCAGGUCAAACACUGCUGAAGAUAAGUUUGUGUUCUGCAAUGGACUUGUCCUGCACCGACUUCAGUGCCUUCGUGGAUUUGGGGAGUGGCUCGACUCCAUUAAAGACUUUUCCUUAAGUUUGCAGAGCCUGAACCUUGAUAUCCAAGCCUUAGCAUGCCUGUCAGCACUGAGCAUGAUCACAGAACGACAUGGGUUAAAAGAACCAAAGAGAGUGGAGGAGCUAUGCAACAAGAUCACAAGCAGCUUAAAAGACCACCAGAGUAAGGGACAGGCCUUGGAGCCCACGGAGCCCAAGGUCCUGGGCGCCCUGGUAGAACUGCGGAAGAUCUGCACCCUGGGUCUCCAGCGCAUCUUCUACCUGAAGCUGGAAGACUUGGUGUCUCCACCUUCCAUCAUCGACAAGCUCUUCCUGGACACCCUGCCUUUCUGAGGAGGAGGAGCCUGAGCAGGGAGCCCCCUCAUCUGCUACCGCCUGCUUGCUACGCAGCAGAGGGAGGGGUCUGGACACCUACCAUUCCUGUCCUUCCUUAAGAGAAAAAGCAGCUCCUGACAAAAUGAAAGACUUUUUUUUUUUUCUUCUGGCACUUUUCCUUACAACCUAACGCCAGAAAACUUGCAGAGUAUUGUGUUGGGGUUGUGUUUUAUAUUUAGGCUUGGGUUUGGGGUGGGGAGGGGGGUUAUAGUUCAUGAGGGUUUUCUAAGAAACUGCUAACCAAGCACUUUUGGAUGAUGCUAUCCCAGCAGGGGGAAAACAAAGAAGGAUAAUAUAACUGUUUGAAAACUCUUUCUGGGGAAGACAAUUACAGUUGCUUUGUAUUUAAAAACAAGAACAGCCACGGGUUGUUCGCCAGGGUAGGACCUGUCUUGAGCUGAUCGCUUUUAGAAUAUACUUCCUGUAUCAAGGGUACGUAUGUGGUGCAAGCAAGGCAGAAAUUCCCUCGUCUUAAUUUCUUUCUUCCUUUAUUUUAACAAAUGGUGAAAGAUGGACGAUAAUCUAUCAAUCAGACAUAGCAAAAUGAUAAUGGCUGUUCGCUUCCAUAUACAAGUGCAAUUUUUAAAGUGCUGUCUUACUAAGUCUUGUCUAUUAACUCUCCUUUAUUUUAUACAGAAAUAAAAAGGAGGCAAGUUAGCAAAGGACAAGUGCUAAUUUCCUAGCACAGGUUUUUGUCCACCUGCCCUAUAGACCCCUUCUGAGGUAUGGUCCACCCAAGAUUUCAGGCCAUUCUUACGGAUCCAGAUCCCUGCCCUGACUGUCCAGCUGUCCCGAAGGGGGCUCAGGUUAUAAGAUGGAUUACAUACAACUGUUUUGGUUGUGUUCUAUCAACCCACCCAGAGUUUCCUAAACUUCCUUCGGUUAUAGCAACUGACUGACACAGUCAUGCAGAAGCCCAGCCGUGUUCAGUGAGUCUCAAGUGUUGGGUUCUUAGGUAAGAACAUGCAAAAAAUAGGAACUGGAUCAUACAGGGUAAACACCAGGGGUAAUAAGGUUUUUAAUAUAUACAAUUUAAUUUUUGUUAUCAGUUACAGAGACAAUUAUGGAGAGUAAGCAAGUCUUAUUUUUUAAAAAGUAGUAUGAAUGUGAGUACUAGGAAGGAUUAAUGGGCUGCGUUUCAACAUUCCGUGUUCGUACUCCCUUUUGUAUGUUUAUACUGUUAAUGCCAUAUUACUAUGAGAUAAUUUGUUGCAUAGUGUUCUUAUUUGUAUAAACAUUUGUAUGCACGUUAUAUUGUAAUAGCUUUGCCUGUAUUUAUUGCAAGACCACCAGCUCCUGGAAGCUGAGUUACAGAGUACUUAAAUGGGGUGUUCACAGUGACUUGGAUACGCCAACUAGAAAUUAAAUAAGCAAAUAUAUAUAAAUAUAGCAGGUUACAUAUAUAUAUUUAUAAUGUGUCUUUUUAUUAACCAUUUGUACAAUAAAUGUUACUUCCCAUGCGGUUAUUUUAUGGUUCAUUUGCAGUGACUUUUAAGGCAGUACUGUUUAGCACUUUGAUAUUAAAAUUUUGCUUAUGUUUUGCUAAAUUCAAAUAUAAUGUUUGAAGAUUUCUAGGUCUAAAAGUCUUUAUAUUAUAUAUUCUGUAUCAAGUCAAAAUAUGUUUGGCCAUUUUGCUAAGAAACAAACUUUGAAUGUCAAACUGAUGUCACAGUAGUUUUUGUUAGCUCUGAGUCAUUUUUGCUUUUUAAAGGAAAAGUAACAAAA